GCUAUUGCAUCAGUCAGCACACCACCUUAGUCACUUCCUCUGUACUCAUCAAACCUUUCAUUUGCUUCCUUUAAAAAUAAAAUAAAAAUCCAAUGGAAGGAGAUGAUCAAAAGGAGUUGCAGCUGCUUCCUUCUCCUCACCUGAUGACCUCUUCUUCAUCACAGAGGACAUCUCGACCGUCGGAUUCAUCGAUAAGAUAUCACCGGUCAUCGAAGGCAGCGGUGCAGGAUGCAUUAUUGGAAGGGCCUAAUUCCCUUGACCUGCAACUGUCAAUCAGUGUGAGGCCAAUAAGGGCAGCUUCUUCCUCAGAUCAUUGUGUUGUGUCAAAACCAGUCUGUGAUUUUGAUGUCUUGAAGCCCAAGACAGCUGGUUGUGUGGAGGCCUUGAAAUGGCAAGCAGCUGAGCAAAUCAGAUUGGCUGCAAUGGAAAAGGCCUAUGCAGAGAGAGUGAGGGAGCUGACACGGAGAGAGAUGGAAUUGGCUCAGUCAGAGUUCACACGUGCAAGGCACAUGUGGGAGAGGGCUAGAGAAGAAGUGGAGAAAGCUGAGAGAAUGAAGGAGAAGGCAAUGCUUCAGAUGGACUCUACGUGCAUGGAGAUCACUUGCCAGUCUUGCAGACAAAGGUUUAGGCCUUGAAAAAGGGUCCGUUUGGUUCGCGGAUUCAAACAAGAUUUUUGUGUAUUUCAUUCCUCAUACUUGAGUAUUGGAUUGCUGAUGAGAUUCUUCCUCCAUCAAAAACACAAAGAAAAUAAUGAAAUAUAUUUGAUGGAUAUAAUAAAAUGUGUGGCAUGAGAUUUGAACUCAA